GCUGAUACCAACUGCUCUAUAUAUAGAUAUAUAGCCUGCUGGGCCUGGACACUGCUAGACCACAUAGCCAGGACAAACCAGCCACAUGCUUUUAACUUUCAGGCUAUCAAAGGGUUUAAAAAAGUAGUUUCUGUUUUAGAACUGUGCUAGAAUAAGAAUGAGCAAGAGUAAAAUUGUCAGACCAGAGGAGAGCCAGCCAGCACGUGCGCUGUGGUACGACAGAAAGAAAUAUGUCACCGUCAACUUCAUGGUUCAUAAACCAAAAGAUGUCCAGGUGGAUAUCCAGCCAGACAAAAUGAUUUUAUACUGCAAAAACGACACAGAUGAUGUUUUCUACAACGAGCUGCCCUUUUAUGAAAAAGUUCAAAUUUGUGACUCCAGAGAAAAAGUCUAUGACCGCAGCAUCAAUAUCUUGCUCAGGAAGCUGAAGCCUGAUUACUCAUGGCCUCAUCUCCAGAAGGAUCCUGCUAAGCCCAGCUGGAUUUCUGUAGACUUUGAUAACUGGAGAGACUGGGAGAAUGAAGAAGAAGAUGGAAAGGAAGAAUACGAAAGAUAUGUGGAUAUGAUCCAAGAAAUGGCUUCCGGUAAUAAAGGAGAAGCACCAGAUAUGGGCGAUCUUAGUGAUUUUGUUACCUCUGUAGUGUCCUGCUGCCCUGCUGAGCUCAAACAUGAAGUGAAUGGAAAGAAAGAAACUCUAAAAGGCUUCAAUGUCAAACUCCAAGACACCAUCUUGUUUCCUGAAGGAGGAGGCCAGCCGGAUGACCACGGGCUGAUAGGAGAUGUCCCGGUGGUGAGGGUGACGAGGCAGGGGGCCGAGGCCGUGCACUUUGUGAGCUCUCCUCUUGAGGAGGGUCAGGAGGUGCAGGUGAAGGUGGACUGGGAGAGGAGGUUCGACCACAUGCAGCAACACUCAGGUCAACAUGUGAUCACAGCUUUGGCCGAUAACAUGUUUGGAUACAAGACCACCUCCUGGGAACUGGGACGUCAGAGAAGCACCAUAGAGCUGGACACUCCCUCGGUGAAGCCUGCCCAGCUGCAGGCCCUGGAGGAAGCCGUAAACGAAAAGAUCAGAGUCCACGUCCCGGUCACUGUUCAGCUUCUCUCUAUAGAUGAUCCUGCUGUGGAAAAGGUGAGGAGUCGGGGGCUGCCAGACGAUCAUGCUGGGCCGAUUCGGAUCAUUGAUAUCGAAGGCGUCGAUGCUAACAUGUGCUGUGGAACCCAUGUGUCCAACCUCAGUCACUUACAGGUAAUAAAGCUGCUGGGAACUGAGAAAGGAAAGAAAAACAAAACCAACCUGAUCUUCCUGACAGGAAACAGGGUGUUGAAGUAUGCAGAGAAAAGCUACGGCACAGAGCGAUCGCUGGUUUCUCUCCUGAAGACCGGACCUGAUGAGCACGUAGAGGCCGUUGACAAGUUGCAGAAGUCUGUUAAGAUGCUACAGAAAACUAACCUGAGCUUGCUUCGAGACAUGGCGGUGCUCAUCACUCAGAACUUUAAGAACGACCCCCAGAGAGGAAACUUCUUCAGCUUGCACAAAAAAGAGGGUGACAAUGAAUUCAUGAACAUCAUUGCCAAUGAAUUAACCACUGAGGGAACUUUGGUUUUCCUGACCGUUGGAGAGGAGAAGGGCCCGGGUCUGUUUCUACUGGCUGGACCCAGUGAACGAGUGGCUGAGAUGGGACCACGGGUGCUAGAGAUGCUCCAAGGGAAGGGAGCAGGAAAAAAUGGACGUUUCCAAGGAAAAGCUAACAGCCUGGCGCGCAGAGGGGAGGUGGAGGCGUUCCUGCAGCAGCAAUGCAAACGGGAAGAAUAAACCCAGCCAUGACUUAAUACACAUUUCUUUUGCUGUACAUAUUUGAAUGUUAAAUGUCAUGUACAUUUUUACCCGUUUAAAACCCGUUAAACCUUA